AUGCUUCAACCCUCUCGAUACAGCGACGCUAACCGCAUCCAGUCCCAAUACUGGGACCCCUCCUCCGGGCUGUACAACACCGGCGAGAUAUGGACCGACGCCGUGCGUGCCCCCUUCCCCUUCCCCUCUUCCCCCUCCUUCAUCCUCACCUUGCAAGGGCAGAACGCCAUCGAAGACCUCCAAACCCUCAUGCUCGCGACCAACACCGACGCGUACGCCGCCGUCGCGGAGCAGUCGUACAUCGGGCAGGUGGCGCUCGACCCGAGCACGGAUUGGGCGGCGGAUUAUGUGUAUUUGCUGGAUGGGAGUAAUGAUGAUUCCCAGUGGAUUAUGCUCGCGAUGUGGCGGAUUGCGGAUUAUAAAGCGGCGAGGGGGGAGGACGCGAGUCCGUACAACAACGCCGCGGCGCAAAUAUACGAUAUCAUCGCGACGCAGUGGGACGACGUCUGCGGGGGCGGAGUGUGGUGGUCCUCAGCAAAGACGUACAAAAACGCGAUCACGAACGAGCUCUUCCUCCUCACCUCCGCCAUGGGGUACCUCCGAAGUCAGAACCAGACGUACCUCGACAACGCGAACAAGGAGUGGGCGUGGCUGAGCCAGAGCGGGAUGCGCAACGCGCAGGGCUUGUUCAACGACGGCUUGGACAGCGCGACGUGCGCGAAUAAUGGCCAGACGGCGUGGACGUACAACCAGGCCGUUGUGGCGGCGGGCUUGGGUGCCUUGGGGGCUGCCACGCGCAACGCCUCGCUGUUCGACGAGGCGGAGGUGAGCCUCGACGCGGCGGCGCGGUACCUAACGCAGGGCGGGGUGCUGAAGGAGUCGUGCGAUGGGGUGCCCGGUACGUGCGAUGCGGACCAGGAGAUAUUCAAGGGCAUCUUCACGAAACACCUCACCUACUACCUCGCCUUCACCGCCGACCCCGUGCGGAAGCUGAAAUACCUGCCCUUCCUCGGGGCGCAGUAUACGGCGGUGACGCAGCGCGCGCUGAACGCGUCUACGGGGGAUGUCGCGAGCGCGUGGUACGCCAGGGAGAGCGGGGGUGGCGAGCAGGGGUUUGAGGCGAGCACGAGCGGGCUGGAGGCGUGUUUGAGCGCGGCGGUGGGGAGCGGGGAGGCGGGGCUGGGGUGGUGGUUUUAG